AUGGCUGCCCUCUACUCGGUCACCGUGCAGGACAUCAACGCUCACGACUUCAACCGUGCCUACGCCGCUUACCUCAAGCGUUCCGGCAAGCUCGAGAUCCCCAAGUGGGUCGAUCUUGUCAAGACCGGCACCAGCAAGGAGUUGGCUCCCUAUGACCCCGACUGGUUCUACGUUCGCGCCGGUAAUAAUAUUUUUACAGGAUACUCCCACAAAAUACCAGAAAGCUGA